UAAAGUUCAAGCCAACGGCCGUGUAGUUCAAUUAGUUAACUAAGCGUACCCCGUUUAACCUCACUUAGAGCGGCACAGGAAAAAUGCUUCUUAAAAACAGUGUUGUAGUGGUUCUGGCGAUGCUGGUGGCCGCAGGAGCUGCCGCCUCUAACACCCAGCAAGAGCAGCAGAUGAUCAAUCUGAUCAACGAAAUCGACAGCGAGGACAGCUUUCCGCUGUUCAGUGGGCUGACAAUCGAACGAGUCGACUCAGCUGACGGAGCGCGAUCCUUCCCAGCUGUCGACGAAGAUUUGGCUGACCGUGCCGUGCGCUAUCUGAACAGCCACAGUGUGAAGUUUAGCAUUCCUGCCGGUGAGGAAAGCGAAGGCCGCCAAAUGGAGGAAGCACGCAGCAGCCGACUGAAGAGAGUGUUUCUCCCGCUGCUGCUGGCAUUGAAACUGAAGAUGUCGAUCGUCUUGCCAAUCCUACUCACCAUUAUCAAGUUGAUCUCACUGAAGGGAUUGAUUGCCGGUCUUUUGGCACUGAAGUUCUCCAUCUUCACUUUUUUGAAGGAUCUAUUCAACAAGAAACAGGAGCGUGUAACCACCGCUUACAUCACCAGUGCCCAGCCGGUGAAUGCCGAAAUCGUGCACCAGGACUGGCACCGUAACGGACAAGCAUCGCCGCAGGAGCUGGCGUAUGGUGCCUACAAUCCGUAUGCUACCCUACAGUAAACGAAGAUCAAACAAGAACGACCACCAAAAUAACGUCCAGCUUUUUCACACUUGUUCAUCGUCGCACAUAUUUAUUUAUUUAUUGCAUUUCAUUUCGAAACUUUUAAUCAUUGUAGCAUCGACAUUUCGACUGUUUUAAUUUCUGUUUUAUUUUUGUAAGUUCUUGUGUAUGUAAACCGUCAAUUCUUUUCAUGUUUUUUUGUGUAAAUACGAAGCACGAGUAGAAA